AUGCAGGCUUACUUCCAGCGACUUGUGGAAGGCGAUUACAGUGUUCUCCCGAGCAUUCUGAUGUGCGUAGAGGGACAAACCGCUUUGUCAGCUGACGCCACGGAGGGGCGCCUGUACCAUUACAUCGUCAAGGUGCUUCUCGAUGAGGGUCGCAAAUCGCAAUCCAACUCAGCGAAUAAUACCCAACGGGUGUCGAUGGAACAGUGUGUGUUGAUGCUGCGCAUCAUGAUGUCGGCAGUCGUGAAUGGGAGGGAGUUUGCAGCAGAACCUCGCAGAUCACUACAAAGUGUGGGUAUAGAUGGCUGCCGAGCUAUGAAUCUGGAUCGUUUCUAUCAGGCAGAUCCAGGCAUGGUGAACCACGUAAUGCGUUUUGUCAUUUACGUAACUCGUUUGUUUCGCAUUCGCGUAGGGGACAUUUUAACAGUGCCGGCGAACGUUGAGGCAACCGAGCACCCUGAGCGAAGAGAGCUGCCAGCUCCCGUUACGCCACCGCGGGGCAACGCCGCUGAGGGAGGAGGCGGUAAUCCACGUGGACCUGCUACUGGGUUGACGAACAGCAGAGUAAGCAACCGACGCUGGCGCGAAUUACCCAAGAGGCCAUCUUUCUUGCCCUUCAGUCACAAUCCUAUUUUUGACGCCAGGACGGAGAAGCACGUGUGGAUGCCGCCGCAGUUCCCAACACCUAUCAUUAGUUUUGCCAAGCGUUUUGGAUUGGGUUGCACACCCAAGUAUCCAUACUUGGGAUCCUCCUCUUUACCCGUAGCUGUAGUUGACAUCGUCAUUCCUGAUAGGCGACCGACCCUUCCUCAGAAUACGUCUCCUGCGUCAUCGCGCCGCAUCGGUGCAGCGUUGGUUUUUGAGCAGAAGUGGAGUCCCUUGUUUGCCCGCUACCUUGAUCGAUGUUCUUUGCUCUUGUGGGGGACUAGUGUUGCCGUGCAGGGCGACAGUGCAUCGAAUCCAUUGCCGAAUAUAGAGACGAAGCUAGUGCCAGCGGAUGCGUACAUACUAUGGCCCAUCACGUGGACCCCACCUGUUCCUGUGGUUGCUAUGUCCUGUGGCGCACAGUCUUGCUACUUCAUAACACUUAAUAAUAAAGUGUAUAGCUGUGGCAACGAUGAUUGGGGACAGUUGGGGACUGCACAAUCGAGAGAAAUGUCAUCCCCAGUACGUAAUGACAUCCAAGAAAAUAAACAGAGUUUCCAAUGUGUAACACUUCGACGUGACGACAAGGUGGCUAAGAUUGAGGCGGGCUCGGCGUUUGCGGUAGCAGUUGCUUUGGAAAAAAGCCGCCUUUCUGUCUGGGGACAGAACGUCUAUGGUCAAUGCUUGGUGCGGGAUCUGAAGGUUGUGCCAAGGCCUGUGACUGUGGAUAUUCCCGGAAGCUGUGGUUUCAUUACCGACGUGGCAUGUGGAAGCUUUUUCGCUGCCUUAUUAUUUUCUUGUGGUAGUCUAGGGACGUGGGGAUUGUCCUCAAUGCUUGGUGUAUCAGUGCCUCCUGAACAACUUCGAGAAACAGAGACCCCGAACCGUACCAAGUGUGCAAAGACCAUAGUUGUUUUUAGGCCUAAUCAUGGUCAGAUUGUGGCACUUCGAGCAGGCCCCUGGCAUUGUCUCGCUAUAACGUCGGUGGGAGAGGUGUACUCAUGGGGUGUGAAUCGCCAUGGACGCCUGGGACACGGUGAUGAUCGCGGUGGUAUGAAAUUGCGCCGCAUUGAUUCACUGACAGGCCACGUGGUAAUAGAUGCUAGCUGUGGCUCUUUUCAUUCGGCUGUGCUCACAAAGACAGGACUUGUGCUUGUCUUUGGUGAGAAUACAUGUGGUCAACUGGGUCUUCGAGGGGAGACACCCCGAACCGUUGCGGAACCUCUCACCUUACCAAAACGUGCAAUUGCGGUCUCGUGUGGGCGUGAGCACACGUGCAUCUUGCUGGAGGAUGGUGAUGUCAUGACAUGUGGGACUCUGCGAUCGUGUGGUAUUGGCUUGGGACACGGGGCACGAUUUGGAGUGCCCCGACACUGUUUUCAGAGCUUUCUGGUUCUGUCACUGGCAAGUGGCGCAACCCACGGCAUGGCAUCCGGUCUCCUACGUUCCUUCACUCUGCAGCUUAUUGGAUCUUCUUUUGGAAAGUCCAUUGAUGAGAGGUUAAACAAUCUGAACCGGUCAAUUCUGAAAGAUGGGGUGCGUGCCGUAUCAGGGGGAAAUGGAUUCUUGCUUAUCCUCACUGAAGCAGGUGAAGUGUUGGGAAUUGGUCAGUCUGAUAAGGGUCAGCUGGGUCUUGGUGAUGCCAAAGCCGCUCCUAACACCACCGCAUUCCAGAAAGUGUCUUUGCCUCACCGGGUCCAGUUGUGUGCGCUGGAGUGUGGUCUUGCGUAUGCAAUUGGCAUCAGCACUAGUGGCCGUGUGUAUAGUUGGGGAUGGAACUCUCACGGUCAGCUGGGACACGGUGAAGCUGUGCCACUCUGUACAUCCGUAUUUGCUCCUCGUGAAAUUGUGGCCUUACACUAUCUGCAUGUUGUCCAAGUCGCCUGUGGUGGCACUUUCGCGGUGGCCCUCACCCAGGAUGGUGAUGUUUUUACGUGGGGUGAGGCCUCGUAUUGUGGUCGUUCUGGCAGCCAAACAUCUAAUGUAAUGGAGCCUAUGAUACUGAAGGAGUUGCAUAAUAUAGUGGAAGUGGCGGCAGGUAUGACACAUGCUGUUGCACUUUCCUGUGAUCAUGUUAUAUAUACUUGGGGAAAUGGUCAAUUGGGGAAUGGUGAGGUAUCCGAUGGGGUAGUGGAGACUCCUGUGAUAGUAACGUUCGCCCACGCUGUACGACGAAUAGGGUGCGGCCCAUUGAACACAUAUGUAAUUACCGACAUUGGUGAUCUUUUUGUCUGGGGCUUGAACGAGAAUAGGCAGUGCGGUGUAAACCCUUAUGAAGGUGCUGGUCAACCACCGAUAGAUAGCACUGAUCCUGGUAUUUGGAGUGAGUCAUCCGUAGUAGUGUACCCUACAUUUAUUUGUGGUGGUGUUCGCGACGCAGCGUUUAGUUCCAAUUGCGGAGUGCUGAUAAAAGAAGAUGGCAGUAGUGCUGUUACUGGUCAUUUUCAACGGGGGGACGAGCAAGUAGUCCUCCACUUCUUUACCCCACAGUCAGUCCCAAAGGCGAAUCAAGGGGCGGAGAAUAACUGUGGAGUAACGUUGUUUUCAGGGAGUAAUCCGUCAGAGGGCUUCUUCUCUCGUUGUUUUCGUGGAUUCGAUACGCUAGCUGUGCUGGUGGAGUGGGACCGCCCGAGUGCUGAGGAGGUGCAUGCCGCCGUUAACGACAUGAAGAGUUGCCUCCAGUCCAUGAAAACUGAAAAUGAGAAGGUGACAGAUGAACCACGCCACGAAGAAAAGGAGAGACGCGCGUGA